AUGACCCCGAAGAAUCGAUUGCACAAUCGUUACCUUGUCAACUUUGUCGAUCACAAGUCGAACUACUGUCGCGUCUUCCAGGCGCCGACAAAGGACACGGCGGCCAAGAAGUUCGAGCACUUCCUCGCGUUCUUUGAGCGCCAAUUCGACUGCCGGAUCUACGUGCUACGCACUGAUGGCGGCGGCGAAUACGCGAAUGUCGACCUCUUCUGCAAGCGAACGGGCGUCGCGCGGCAGAUCAGCGAGGCGAGGAAUCAGGCGUCAAACGGCAAGGCCGAGCGCAUGCACAGGACGAUCCUGAACAUGGCGCGCAGCAUGAUCUUUGCCAGCCGACUGGCAUUGACAUUUUGGGGCGAUGCGGUUGAGUACGCGGCGUACAACCUCAACCGCAGCCCAACGAGCGCGAAUGCGAAGCGCGCGUCACCGAUCGAGGUACUGACAAAGCAAGUGCCGGAUCUGCGCGACAUCGUCGCCUUUGGCUCUAUCUGCUCGGUCUACCGUGACCUAGGCGAGAACUCGCUCGCGCAGCGCGCACAAGUUGGCGUGAUCAUUGGGCAGAGCGACGAGACUAAGGACUUUCAGGUCUUCCUCCAAAAGGAGAACAAUGUCACGAUCACGCAGCAUGUGCGCAACGUCGAGACGCUCAGCGCAGAGCAGAAAGGUCAGCUGCAGCGAGCGCUCGAGUAUGAAGAUCGAAUCGUGGAGCCAGCGGCAACAGCACCAACAAGCAAAGAGUUGCCGGCUGCCGACGAUGCCGCAUCGCCGACGAUAAACAUCGGAAAGGAGAAAUCGAAGUCGUAG